UUCAGCUACUUGAACUAAUUCGAAGGGCACGUUCUUAGCCAGCUUCUAUAUCAAGCAUGAAUGUUGAAAGAGAAAGAAGAUACGCACUUCUACUUGCAGCAAAAGAUUCCGAGUACGUAAAGAAAAUGUAUGGUGGGUACUUCAAUGUGUUUGUUGCAGCUUUUGGGGAAGAAGGAGAGAAGUGGGACUUGUUCAUGGUUGUCGACGGUGAGUUCCCGGAAAUGACUGAGCUUCAACGGUAUGAUGGGUUUGUGGUCAGUGGAAGCCCUUAUGAUGCUUAUGGCAAUGACCACUGGAUUACCGAACUCUGCUCUCUCUUGCAAAAACUGGAUUGCAUGGAGAAGAAAAUUCUUGGAAUUUGCUUCGGUCAUCAGGUAUUGUGCAAGGCAUUGGGUGGAAAAGUUGGAAAAGCUUGUACAGGGUGGGAUAUUGGACUGAGAAAGGUGAAAAUAGUGAAGGACCUGAGCGCAUUUAACUUCCUUGAUGGCGGGGAUGAAAUCCCAGCUUCCCUUUCCAUCAUAGAGUGCCACCAGGAUGAGGUUUGGGAAGUUCCUAUGGGUGCUCAAGUUCUUGGCUUCUCGGAUAAAACUGCGGUGGAGAUGUUCACCAUUGGAGGUCAUGUUCUGGGAAUUCAAGGCCAUCCAGAGUAUACUAAUGACAUCCUUUCUAAUCUCAUUGAUCGCCUUCUCAAUAACAACUCCAUUGAGAGAGAUAUUGCCGUAGAUGCAAGAUUUGGACUGCAAAAGGCCGAGCCGAAUAGGUUGUGUUGGGAGAAAAUUUGCAGGAAUUUUCUUAAAGGAUAAUAGAUUCAUCAUCAAGUUAAUUAU